UUAUAGAUGAAACAUUCGGCUCGCAUAUCUGGGAAAAAUAUGGCUACAAAUUCUCGGCUGCGAAUUCUAUCAACUGGGGACGAUUAUUACCUCAAGUGUUGCACCACGCUUCUGGCUAUCUGGAUUUGGUUAAACAAGGAGAGAUUACUUUGGGUGAGCCGAUAGACGUCUGUCUUCCGACUGGAAAUUUUGGAAACAUCCUUGCAGCAUUUUAUGCUAAGGUAAAUUACGAUAGAAUAUUUGUUGACGCAAUGUUCCUUUACGACUUUACCCGGUGAAAGGGAACAUGCUUUAGGAACUUGUAACGUAAUUAUGUUUGUGGUGUUACUCUGAGUUAUAUCCCCACCGGGCAAGCUUGAAAAAUAUGCCUGGCUACGGUGGGAAUCGAACCUACGACCUUUGGAAUACUAGCCCAAUGCUCUGCCAACUGAGCUACGCGGUCAGGUCGGUUCUAGUAUGUGAUAUUUCGGAACUGAGUCCAGUUCCUUCGAUAUCAAUGUAAUCAUGAUUUUUUAACAAAAUCUCUUCCCAGGAUAUUUUCUUACAUCUUGCAAGGAAUUUUUGUCAUCUUAUAUAGUUUUGCGAGUCGAGAUUGUCCACCAUAAUGGAUGAUUCCAGCUAUAGGCUAAAUUUUGAUCUCGGCACGAAGAACAAAAUCCAUCACCACAGCUAGAAAGAGCAUGUUAGAAUUAGUAAAAUUGCAAAGUUUGGUUGCGAAAUGUUGUAAAAUGAGGAAAAUAUAGCCCUACGAAAUUUGCAAAUUUUGUAUUAAUUUGUAUCACGCAUGGGAAAAUGCACCCCUUUCGGCCCAAAUGUACUGCAUUUCCCCGCGCGUAAUACAAAUUAAUACAAAAUUUGCAAAUUUCGCAGAGCUAUAUUUUCCUCAUUCUACAACAUUUCGCAACCAAACCUUGCAAUUUUACUAAUUUUAACAUGCUCUUUCUAGCUGGGGUGAUGGAUUUUGUUCUUCUUGCCUAGAUCAAAAUUUAGUCAUAGCUGGAAUUGCCUAAUAUUGUCUAUCAUAAUGUAUAGAAAUCUACAUAUGAAGGAGGUUUUGUAUUUGACUCACAAAGGAAAUUUAUAUUUUUGCAUUUUGCUGUCAGGAAGAGAAAUAUAUUUUGUAGGCCUGACUAUACUGUAUCCGAAAACGCAUUGCAAGUUGCAGUAAACUUUCCUUUAAAUAAUGCCCAAAAUUAUUACACUGUUUAUACAAUAUGUCACCAUGUGCAAUGGUCUUUCAUUGUUUAUACCUUAGGAGAUGGGCAUUCCAUUCCACACCCUGAUCUGUGCAUCCAAUACGAACAAUGUUCUUACUGAUUUCUUCACCACCGGAAAGUACGAUCUGAGAGGCCGCCAUCUUGAGAUGUCUAUAUCUCCCUCCAUUGAUAUCCUCAAGUCUUCAAACUUGGAACGAUUUCUGUACCACGUGACCAAGGAUGGCGCUCUGGUUAGCAAGCUCUUUCAACAACUGGCGACGGAAAAAUAUUUCGAGGUUAGGGUGAUAGUUAAGAAUACAGACUAAACUAACUUUAUUUAUACUGGAUAGCUCUAUCAGUUCUAAACUGUUCUCCCUAGAGGUCCAGUAAGAGUCAUCUCUUAUUGAUCCAGUGUUACUACAGGAGGAAACCUAAACUAAACUAACUUUAUUUAUACUGGAUAGCUCUAUCAGUUCUAAACUGUUCUCCCUAGAGAUCCAGUAAGGAUCAUCUCUUAUUGAUCAAUUAGACAAAUGCCUACUGCAGGAAUUCCAGGGUGAAUCUCUCAAUUUUUCUGCGCCGAAGAUUUUUCGAAUUCAUGUAAAGCUGCGCCAAAACCUGCGCCAAGAAAAUUGUCGCAAAAAAAUAUGCGGUUUUCGAAAAUAUCCGAAAUUUCCACCGAAUUUUCGAAAUUUGGCUUUUCAUUCUUCUCAAAUCAUAAUUUCAAAUAUACUAUUACAUAAAUGCUCAAUUGCUUCUUUGCCAAAUCUUUGCCAAAUUGAUUUUGGGAUCAUUCUGCGCCAAAUUGUUGCGCCAAAUCAAUAUUUGCGAUCAAUCUGCGCCAAAAAUGUGCGCCAAACUUUGUUCGAGUCGCUGUUAUGCGCCGAAGAUCUUUCGGAAAUACACCCUCAAAUUCACUCUGGCAGGAAUUGAACCCUAGUCACUACGGCGAACCGUUUAUUUUAACAUUAUGUUUAAUUUCUAGAUUUCUGAAGAUUUGCGUCAGAAAAUGGCGACUUAUAUCGAACCUGGCUGGGCGAGCGAAGCGGAAUGCAAAACAACCAUAAAGACAUGUUUUGACCAAAACCAUUACCUACUUGACCCGCACACUGCAGUCGGCCUGAAUGUUGCCCUCAAAAGACCACCCUCCGCCCGCAAGCUGCUGCUGUCAAGCACAGCACAUUAUAGCAAGUUUGGAAAGGACGUUUUGCUCGCUUUAGGAUUGAAACCAAUCUCUGACUCGCCUUGCGAAUUGUUUAAACAACUCGAGGGGUUAAAAAUCCAGCCAGUUAUGAACGAAAGCCUUAAGAAUGCGAUGGGAAAACACGAAAUUCAAAACGGUGUGUGCUCAAAUGAUUUAAAUGCAGUAAAAGAAAAGAUUGAGAUUUUUUUAAAAGAACUCAAAAGUAGUUAAUGUAACAAAUGAAACCCGAAGAAUAUUUGUACGUAGCAACAAAUUAAUGAAUGAUACUUACCACAAUAUAAACGUAUCAAGAGUCUCGCUUUUUCUUCUUCUUUUUGUGCUUUGUUGAACUGCUUGAC